GCGCUGCCAUCGACUGAUCGGCGAAUGGGCGAAUCAUCCGGUUGAACUUGGAACUUGGAAGAAGUGGAAGGAAAGUCGCUGACCGACCGACGAGACACUCCUGCGAGUGUGCGAGAGGAUAAUUCCGCAGAAACGGACUACGAGAUUUCGCAGCUAUCUUGACGAGAAGGGCUGCACAGGCUGAGAGAUGUCGGCAAAAGCGAUCCGCGAGGCGACCGGAAAGGACCUGUUAAACAGGUUCCUUUCGCCCUCUUCGGGCGCUGCACUCUGCAAAUUCGCUGCUGUCGACGAGAGCACCAAAUGGGAGGCACUCGUCGCCGCCAAUCCCUGGCUGCAGACUGAGAAACUGGUUGUCAAACCUGACCAGCUGAUCAAACGGCGAGGAAAACUAGGCCUGAUCGAAGUCAACUGCGACCUUGCCACCGCCAAGUCUUGGAUCGAGCAGAGGAUCGGCAAGGAUAUCAAGAUCGGAAAAGCCACCGGAAAGCUAAGAAGUUUCAUCAUUGAACCAUUUUUGCCUCACAAACCGGCCGAGGAAGCCUAUGUGUGCAUUUACUCGCACCGCUCAGGAGACACCAUCCUUUUCCACCACGAAGGCGGCGUCGAUAUUGGCGAUGUCGACUCGAAGGCUGUUAAACUGGAGGUGCCCGUUGGACAAAUUGUGUCCACCAAAGACAUCAAGAAUGUCCUCCUCACAAAAAUUGACGCAUCACAACAAGAUUUGGUGGCCGGCUUCAUCGAGAGCCUCUACCAACAAUACGUUGAGUUGUAUUUUACGUAUUUGGAGAUAAACCCUCUGGUCAUCACUGGAGGCAAAGUGUACGUCCUGGACUUAGCAGCUAAGCUCGACGCCACAGCUGAUUUCAUCUGCCGCUCCAAGUGGGGUGAGAUCGACUAUCCCCCUCCUUUCGGACGUGAUGCCUACCCCGAAGAAGCGUACAUCGCUGAUCUGGAUGCUAAGAGCGGAGCCUCCCUAAAACUCACCAUCUUGAACAAAAAUGGUCGCAUCUGGACGAUGGUUGCCGGCGGAGGAGCGUCAGUCAUUUACUCAGACACCAUUUGCGACCUUGGAGGCGCCUCUGAGUUGGCAAAUUAUGGCGAAUACUCUGGCGCUCCUUCUGAGCAGCAAACAUAUGAAUAUGCCAAGACUAUACUUAGCCUCAUGACUCAGCAAAAGCACCCUGAAGGAAAGGUUCUGAUCAUCGGUGGUGGUAUCGCCAACUUCACAAAUGUGGCAGCCACCUUCAAGGGCAUCGUCACUGCCCUGCAGGAGUUCCAAGCCAGGCUUGUAGAGCACAAUGUGUCUAUUUUCGUUCGACGUGCUGGGCCUAAUUACCAAGAAGGUCUCAGAAUUAUGAGGGACGUUGGACAGAAUUUGGGCAUCCCCCUCUUCGUAUUUGGCCCUGAAACGCACAUGACUGCGAUCGUGGGUAUGGCGUUGGGUAAGAGGCCAAUCCCUAGAGAAACUGAGGUUGAAUUCAGCACUGCCAAUUUCCUUCUGCCUGGCGGUCAAGACAAGUCUGAAUCUGGAAUGGCAUCUGGAACUCCUGAUCAGUCUCGAAAGGGCUCCAUUGCCGGGGGAAGCAGUGCCGCGGCCGGUGGUGCAGCAUCUGCUGCCACUGCUGCCGCCGCUGCAAUUUCUGCAGCUGCUGCUGCUGCCAACGCUGACUUCUUGGACGGAGGAAAGACCAUGUUCAGCAAGAAGACCAAGGCCAUCGUGUGGGGAAUGCAGACCAGAGCUGUCCAGAGCAUGCUGGACUUUGACUUUGUUUGCCGCCGAACCGAGCCAUCUGUGGUGGCAAUGGUGUAUCCCUUCACUGGGGACCACAAGCAAAAGUUCUACUGGGGACACAAGGAAAUACUGAUCAAUGUGUAUAAGAAAAUGGAAGAUGCCAUGACCAAGCACCAAGACGCUGACGUGCUUGUUAACUUUGCCUCUCUGCGAUCGGCCUAUGAGAGCACCAUUGAAACCAUGAAUUACCCUCAGAUUCGCACAAUCGCCAUCAUUGCUGAGGGAAUCCCUGAAAACAUGACCCGCAAAUUAAUUUUGAUGGCCAACGAGAAGGGCGUGUCCAUCAUCGGCCCAGCCACAGUCGGCGGAAUCAAGCCUGGCUGCUUCAAGAUCGGCAAUACCGGUGGAAUGAUGGACAACAUUCUCCACUCUAAACUGUACAGGCCCGGCAGCGUGGCAUAUGUCUCAAGAUCUGGAGGAAUGUCCAAUGAGCUGAAUAAUAUUAUUUCAAAGGCAACAAACGGAGUUUACGAAGGUGUUGCGAUCGGUGGAGAUCGCUACCCUGGAACUAACUUCAUGGAUCACAUUUUGCGCUAUCAAGCAGACCCACAGGUCAAAAUGAUUGUUCUGCUGGGAGAAGUCGGAGGAACUGAAGAGUAUGACGUUUGUAACGCCCUGAAGGACAAGAGGAUCAACAAGCCCUUGGUCGCCUGGUGCAUAGGAACCUGCGCCAGCAUGUUCACCUCUGAGGUACAGUUUGGUCACGCUGGCUCAUGCGCACAGUCUGAGAAGGAAACUGCAUCGUCCAAAAACGCCGCUCUUGGUGCUUCUGGAGCUACUGUUCCUGCCAGUUUUGAUAAUCUUGGAGAGGCGAUUCAUGAGGUCUACUACCGUCUUGUGCACGAGGGCGUCAUCGUUCCGGAAGCGGAGCUUCCACCUCCCACUGUACCUAUGGAUUACUCCUGGGCCAGGGAACUUGGAUUGAUUCGCAAGCCAGCAUCAUUCAUGACCAGUAUUUGUGAUGAGAGAGGACAGGAACUUCUCUACGCAGGAAUGCCUAUCAGCGACGUGCUGAAAAACGACAUGGGUCUUGGUGGUGUCAUCUCGCUGCUGUGGUUCCAACGCCCCUUGCCACCUUACGUGUGCAAAUUCUUUGAAAUGUGUCUGAUGGUGACUGCUGACCAUGGCCCCGCUGUCUCCGGUGCUCACAACACCAUCGUCUGCGCUCGAGCUGGCAAAGAUCUGGUUUCGUCCCUUGUCUCUGGCUUGCUGACAAUCGGUGAUCGUUUCGGCGGUGCUCUUGACGGUGCUGCUCGGCAGUUCAGUGAAGGCUACGACUCUGGCCUUAUCCCCAUGGAGUUUGUUAACUCCAUGCGCAAGAAGGGAACACUCAUCAUGGGAAUUGGACACAGAGUCAAAUCUAUUAACAACCCCGACAUGCGAGUAAAAAUCAUCAAAGAGUUUGUCCUCGAGAACUUCCCCUCAACCCCCCUGUUGAACUACGCCCUUGAGGUGGAGAAGAUCACGACUUCAAAGAAGCCAAAUCUCAUCCUGAAUGUUGACGGCGUGAUUGCCGUGUCUUUCGUCGACAUGCUUCGCAAUACCGGCAGCUUCACGAGGGAGGAGGCACAGGAGUACAUCGAAAUGGGGUCUAUCAACAGUCUAUUUGUUCUCGGGCGCAGCAUCGGUUUCAUUGGGCACUUCAUGGAUCAGAAGAGGCUGAGGCAAGGACUGUACCGUCAUCCGUGGGACGACAUUUCUUAUGUUCUCCCCGAGCAGUACAAUUAAGUGAUGAGAAGCGAUUAGUUUUGCACUUGUACCCACCCAGCACAAAUUUAUUACUAGCUGUAUUUAUCGUUAUUUGAAGCAAUUGAAUGCAAAACAUCUCUUCAUUUUGAAUGUUGAUGAAACGACAAGAUUCGGUGCAAGUUAAUUUUUAUAAUUGACCAAGUGAUUUUUAAUUAAAAUUGCAUGUCUAGCUACGGAUACCAUUUUAUUUAUAGAUCUGCAUUUUCUGUUUUUGAUUACGUCCUUUUAUGUCUUAUCUUAACAUUCCUUGCAAAGCAUGCUUACGAGAAAAGCGAAAUUUAGUGUACAUUGAUUUGUUACUUGUUGGUAAAAAUAAAAUAUUUUUGUGUAUUUGCUCAAGAAUAGAUGAAAA